GGGAACUGGUGAGUUUUACACGCGAGAUAAGCGGAGGAAACUGGGGCACCAAACUCGCUCCUUUUAUGAACGAGUCCCACUGUCUUUCUUUUCCAAGCUCAAAGAGUUGGAUUUGUUUCUUUAAAAAAAGAAAGAAAGAAAAAAACGUCGUCCUGUCUCACUGUGACCUGUUGCUGGUGCUUUGACUUGGUCGAGGUUGGCCUAAACUUAGCCGCGGUCGUGGGAAGAGUCUCGUUGGAAAAUAAUUUUGAACACAUACAGGCACGCACACAGGUGUCUCGCGACUUCAAAAUGCAGCAUUGUAUUCCUCGAGAUGAUCAAGCUGAAGAUGCAGAAAAUGAUGUAAAAAGGCUAAGGAUGGAAGGAAUCAAAGUCUGCAAAAAGUGUUGUGCAGAAUACUUUGAUGAAGCAGAGUUUCUCGAGCAUGAAAAAACUUGCACUAAAAGUCAGCACGUUGUCAUCAUGAAAGAGGGAGAUUACACUGAGGUGCCUGAGGAAUAUUCACAAGGGUCUCCUGAAGGCCUGAACAGUGACCAUGAUGAUGGUCAGUCAAGCAAUCAUUCCAAUGCAGACCAACUUGAACGGGCGGAGGAGGAGUCGAGCAUGAAUGCAGAGGACUCUGCACAGCAGGAUCAAGAAGAGAUGUCUAAUAGUCCUGAGAGAGCGUUCCAGCCUUCACCUAAAAUCCAGGAUUCAAAUGUCACUCUUCACACCUUGCCUGAUACUAAAGUGGCUGUCUCCCAGCAUUCUUCAAAUGCACCCCAAGCCUUGCCACAGGAUGUUUUUCAAGCUAUCCCCAUCAUCUUGGAGCAGCUAGUGUGCCUUCAGCAACAGCAGUUACAGCAAAUCCAGCUCACUGAACAGAUUAGAAUCCAGGUUGCCAUGAUGACCCCACAGGGUCUGCAGCCAUCAGUGGGUGCAGCAAUGGAUCCCCUCAAAGCUCUGGGUGCACACUUGUCUCAACAGCUGUCUGCAGCAGCAGCUCUGAUAGGCAAAAGGACUGGCAGUCAGAGCCUUUCCAUGGAGUCAGUAAAGCAAGGUAAAUUACCUCUUCCCACUGGAAUUCCUAACUCUCUGAGUGCAGGUUUGGGAUCGUCGGCCUCUAAAACAGACAUUUUGAAAGGUGUUCCGGAUCUGGGGAGCCGUUUACAACCACUGCUGCCCCAGUCUCCAGGUGUCAUGAGUUUCCCUAGCAACUUUAAUGGUAUCCAACCAGGGAUUGACCCUUCUAAAAAGCUGAAAGCAAAGAUGCUAACCCUCCCAUCAGAAGCAAAGAAUGGGGAAUUAUUGUUCAAGCACAAAUGUAAAUACUGUGGAAAAACCUUUGGCAACGACAGUGCCCUCCAGAUUCACCUCCGUUCUCACACUGGAGAGAGACCUUUCAAGUGUAAUAUCUGUGGAAACCGCUUUACAACCAAAGGAAACCUCAAAGUGCAUUUCCAGAGACAUAAAGAUAAAUAUCCUAACAUCAGUAUGAAUCCCCAUCCUGUACCAGAGCAUCUCGACAGUAUCCCCACCAGCAGUGGCAUUCCUUUUGGUAUGUCUGUGCCCAUCGAUGAGUCAAAUCUGACAGAAACUAAACCUGUCAUAAGUCAUCCAGCUGCUGGGUUCAAUCCACAGUCAAUACCAGGAUUCAAACCCAUGUUUGAUGGCUUUGGGAGGGACCCGUUCUCUCAAAAGCCCUCCCCAUCAACGAGUGAUAGUUCCCCAUCCGUUUCCACAGUGUUUGUACGAGACCCGGGGCUUGAUCCAAAUCACAAGGAGGCUAAAGAAAUGCUUGGUGCAUUCCAUCACAUGAAUGGUGGUGCCCUUCCAGGAGAAUCAAGCUCUGGAACAGCAAAACUUCAGCAAAUGGUUGAUGGACUGGAAAAGAGGACCAAUGAUCCCAAUGAGUGUGUGAUCUGCCACAGGGUGCUCAGUUGUCAGAGCUCUCUUAAGAUGCAUUACCGCACACACACUGGUGAAAGGCCAUACAAGUGCAAGAUCUGUGGCCGUGCGUUCUCAACAAAGGGUAACCUCAAGGCUCACUAUGGAGUGCAUAGAGCCAACACUCCACUCAAAAUGCAACACUCAUGUCCCAUCUGCCAGAAGAAGUUCACAAAUGCUGUAGUUCUGCAGCAGCACAUUCGUAUGCACAUGGGCGGGCAAAUCCCCAACACUCCUAUGCCAGAAAGCCAGUAUGAAGCAACAGAAGCAAUGGAGCCAUCCCUACCAGAGGAGAAGUCUGUGGACAACAGUGGUGUUGAAGGAACCAUGGAAGGUCAUGAACCAGAGCUUCACUCCCAGAAGCUGACCGACUCCUUAAACUCUCUCCCAUCUGCCACUGAAGAACAUCCGCAAAAGCUUGCAGCCCCUUUACCGUUCUCCAGCCUAGAUGUUCUGAAGAAUCUCACCUCUGCCCUCGUCCUGAAACGACAGAGCAGCACCGCUUCAGAAAGCGAGGGAACACCCAAAGGCUCGCCGCCAAUUCAGAAAGAGCAGGAGUAUCAGAAUGGCCGAAGCCCAGCCAUAUCUGACUCAGCCGUGUCAUUUCACUCCUCUUCCCCAAUGAACAUCAGCAGCAAGUCCCCUGAGUCAGCAGGUGAUGAAUUUACUCACGCUCUGACCAAACAAGAACCUGAUGGACCACAAGAUGGAGGCGAGUCAAGUGGAGCCCUUGACCUCACCGCUUCUAGCAGCUUUAAUACCAAAGUGAUUAAAGAAGAACCUGGUGUCCCGUUUACAAAUGGGGACUAUGCUCCCAGCAACAUGCCUUUUAUGAAGAUUCCUCCAAGUUUGGGCAGCCUAGAAAUGAAGAUUCCACCUGAAAAUUCUCUGGGCCCUCAUGGAUUAUUCAGCUCCCAAAUGGCUCCGGGAACAGCUGUACCCUCCUCUAUCUCCACGGCACCUCGGAGAUCCACCAAACAGCAUAUAUGUAACGCCUGUGGCAAGAACUUCUCAUCGGCCAGUGCUUUACAGAUUCACGAGCGUACGCAUACUGGGGAGAAGCCAUUUGCUUGCAACAUCUGCGGCAGGGCUUUCACCACAAAGGGAAACCUGAAAGUACAUAUUGGCACCCACAUGUGGAACAAUUCAUCUCGCCGUGGCCAGCGUCUUUCCCUGGACAAUCCCAUGGCAAUGGCAAUGGCAAUGGGCUCUGAGGCUAAGAUUCUCCCUGAAAUGUUACAGGCACCCAAAGAGCUGGGUGCUCCACAGAUGAGCUUUGACCCAUCUAUCUGGAACCAGUACGCUGCUGCUGCCUUCACUGGUGGCUUGACCAUGAAGACCAAUGAAAUUUCUGUCAUUCAAGGAGGUGGCAUCCCGCUGCCUGGGAGCCCUGCCGGGGGGCCACUGAUUGGCUCUACCGGAGGCCUCUUGAAGAUGGAUGGAUCUCACUCUGGCUUGCCCGGUGCAAUGGCUGAAAUAGAAAAGAACAGUUCAGAAAGUGUGCCAAAGUCACAGUUUCCACAUUUCAUGGAGGAGGGCAAAAUUGCAGUUAAUUAGACUUUUUUAAAAUGAGCAGGUAAUCCCUUCCCACCCAUCUUCAAUUUGCAAAUGUUUCCCUUUAUAUUUGAAUGAGGUACAAUCAAUGUUCAGAAAAAAAAACCUUGAAGAAUUCCAUCUGGAUUGGCUUGAGAGAUUAUUUUCUUUUACAUUUAAUUUAGACAUUCUCUCCCCUCCUAAUCUAAAUGAUUCUUGAGUGUUAACCUUAACUUGAUUUAUUACUACUGUAGGAUCUUUUUAUUUUAUUUUACAUGAACACAUAUGCGGGUAUUUUCUCAUGUGACUUUUAUUUGUUUUGCUGUUUAUCCAGAAGUUUGAAUGUAUGACUUACUUGAAACUUGCUUUAACUCAGAUUGUCUCCUUGAGAACCUCUUGAAGGAUUACGACUUUUGUAGGAAAAGUUAAAGGACAUGAAUUUUAAGGACCCCAGUCUGACCGGGCAGGGCAUGGUCUCAGUGUUUAGAAUUAAUACUAUGGCUAACUAUAUGUAUCAUUUAGGACUACUUUCCCUUCUGUUGUGUGCCAUAGGUUUUACGACAUUGUACAUUUUUCUAGUGAUAAUUGUCAUUAACUUUUUCUCAUUGUGAAGGGCCUUUGAUCAGAUUGGCUUUCAUCUAAAAAAGUCAAACUUCUACAGUUUCAGAUUGUAGAUUAUAAAUGCAUUUUUAUUGUAUUGGUGCCAAGAUACCGAUGUUGAUUCAUAUAUCCAAGUGCCUGAUCUGAUCUGAAUUAAACCGGCAUUUUAAGGCACUGUUGGAUUAUUACAAAUACUCUUGGACUGAAAGAAAUGGUGUUUCCCGGUGUAGUGUGGCAUACAUUUCAUAAUAUUUUCAUAGUUUACUCAAGUUGGUUUUCACCCACAUACUCGUCUCUGAAAGUUACAUUGGCACAUUUAGUAGGCUGAGCUCAGAAGGCCGUCUUACGCAUAGUGUUGUCAUGCCUGCACUUUAUUUCAGGUUCUGCUUAUACAUUUCACUGCGCUUGUAAUUGAAUGAAGAGGUGACAAAUUGUCAUUUUUGUUGACCUUUCUUUCUGCAAUGAUCCAAACUAACGGUCAAUAUUUCCUCUUUUCUUCUUUGGUCUUAUCAGUUUGUAGCAGAAUUUAUUUAUUUAUGAUACGAAAUGCUUGAGUUUAGGGGUAAAAGUUUCUACCUCAUUUCGAUAUUCGUUGUCCCUCAGUGCCCCUCACACUCAAUGCAACGUUCUGUAUAUUUUCUUUCUGUGUAUGCUAUGGAAAUCUUCACUCUCACCCUGCUGAGUUGAACAGUAAUGAAUGUAUCACUGGACACUUUACACAACUCAGCCUGGUCCGAGUACUUUGUAGGCUCCUGCUGUUCAUUCCUUUAUCGAUAUGCAUUUGCCAAGUUGUGCCUUUCUUUAAGUAAACCAAGUCAAACCUGUUCUCAAGUUGCUUCCACAGUUCAAGCAACGUGGAGCCAAUUUGGUCCUGUUUACAGUGUAAAUGUGUGUUUUUCUUUCAGUUUCUUUGAUCUAAAUGUUUUCUGAUUUUUGAAGAAUAAAAUCAGGGUGACUUUUUUUGACA